UUUGCGCGAGUGUCCGGCCCGGACGCGGCGCCCGCUCGGCGCGUCCCGGCUCCCAUUCAUCCGUGCGGCGCCCCGCGACCCCGGGGGUCCCCCGCGGGCCGCGGCGAGGGGGACCGGGAGCGCGGCGGGCCCUCGGGCCGGGGCUCGGACGGGGCCGGCGACCAUGCAGACGUGCGCCCGCGCCUGCGGGAUGCGUCUGGCCGGCGGACUCGGGGGCCGCCGCCGCCCGGCCGGAGGCGCGGGGCUGCGCUGGGCGCCCCGGAGCUGUCACAGCGGCGGCGGCGGCGGCGGGGACGGGGACGGCGGGGGGCGCCUGCUCGAGCGCCUCCUGCCCCGGCACGACGACUUCGCUCGGAGGCACAUCGGCCCCGGGGACAAAGACCAGAGGGAGAUGCUCCAGGCCCUGGGGCUGGCGAGCAUUGAGGAACUGAUCGAGAAGACGGUCCCCGCCAGCAUCCGCCUGAAAAGACCCUUGAAAAUGGAAGAUCCUGUGUGUGAAAAUGAAAUCCUUGCCACCCUCCGUGCCAUUUCCAGCAAAAACCAGAUGUGGAGAUCAUAUAUUGGUAUGGGCUAUUACAACUGCUCAGUGCCACAGACAAUUUUGCGGAACUUGUUGGAAAACUCAGGAUGGAUCACCCAGUAUACGCCAUACCAACCAGAGGUGUCUCAGGGCCGCCUGGAGAGUUUGCUCAACUACCAGACCAUGGUGUGUGACAUCACUGGCAUGGACAUGGCCAAUGCCUCCCUGCUGGAUGAGGCCACAGCAGCUGCAGAGGCCAUGCAGCUUUGCCACAGACACAACAAGAGAAGGAAAUUCUUUGUUGAUCCCCGUUGUCAUCCGCAGACAAUAGCUGUCGUCCAGACUAGAGCCAAAUUCACUGGAGUCCUUGUUGAGCUAAAGUUCCCCCAUGAAAUGGACUUCAGUGGGAAGGAUGUCUGUGGGGUGCUCUUUCAGUACCCAGACACUGAGGGCAAGGUGGAAGACUUCACAGAACUCGUGGAGAGAGCCCACGAGACUGGAAGCCUGGUCUGCUGUGCUACUGACCUGCUAGCUUUGUGUAUCUUGAGACCUCCUGGAGAAUUUGGUGUAGACAUCGCCCUGGGCAGCGCACAGAGAUUUGGAGUGCCUCUGGGCUACGGGGGACCACAUGCAGCCUUUUUCGCUGUCAGAGAAAACUUAGUGAGGAUGAUGCCUGGAAGGAUGGUGGGAGUGACGAGAGAUGCCACAGGGAAGGAAGUUUAUCGCCUCGCUCUUCAAACCAGGGAACAACAUAUUCGGAGAGAUAAGGCUACCAGCAACAUCUGCACAGCUCAGGCUCUCCUGGCGAAUAUGGCUGCCAUGUUUGCCAUCUACCACGGUUCCUGUGGGCUGAAGCACAUUGCCAGAAGGGUUCAUAAUGCCACUUUGAUUUUGUCUGAAGGUCUUAAACGGGCUGGCCACCAGCUCCAGCAUGACUUGUUCUUCGACACACUGAAGGUUCAGUGCGGCUGCCCUGUGAAGGAGGUCUUGGGAAGGGCUGCCCAGCGCCAAAUCAAUUUUCGGCAUUUUGAGGAUGGCACACUUGGUAUUUCUCUUGAUGAAACAGUCAAUGAGAAAGAUCUGGAUGAUUUGUUGUGGAUCUUUGGCUGUGAGUCAUCUGCAGAGCUGGUAGCUGAAAGCAUGGGUGAGGAGCAGAGAGGGAUUCCAGGGACUGCCUUCAAGAGGACCAGCCCAUUCCUCACACAUCAAGUAUUCAACAGCUAUCACUCGGAAACAAAUAUAGUUCGAUAUAUGAAGAAACUGGAAAACAAAGACAUUUCCCUUGUUCACAGCAUGAUUCCACUGGGGUCCUGCACCAUGAAACUCAACAGUUCAUCUGAACUCGCACCAAUCACAUGGGAUGCAUUUGCAAACAUCCACCCAUUUGUGCCUCUGGACCAGGCUCAAGGGUACCAGCAGCUUUUCCGAGAGCUUGAGAAGGAUUUGUGUGAACUUACAGGCUAUGACCGAUUCUCUUUCCAACCAAACAGUGGAGCCCAGGGGGAGUACGCUGGGCUGACCACCAUCCGAGCUUACUUGGACGGGAAAGGAGAGAGACACCGAACCGUUUGCCUCAUUCCGAAAUCAGCACAUGGGACCAAUCCUGCAAGUGCCUACAUGGCAGGCAUGAAAAUUCAGCCCGUGGAGGUAGACAAAUAUGGAAGCAUCGAUGUAGCUCACCUCAAGGCCAUGGUGGAUAAACACAAGGAGCAUCUGGCGGCGAUCAUGCUCACAUACCCCUCCACCAACGGGGUAUUUGAAGAGAACAUCAGUGACGUGUGCGACCUCAUCCACCAACACGGGGGACAGGUCUACCUGGACGGGGCCAACAUGAACGCCCAGGUGGGACUCUGUCGUCCUGGAGACUUUGGGUCUGAUGUCUCGCACCUCAAUCUCCACAAGACCUUCUGUAUCCCCCACGGAGGAGGCGGCCCCGGCAUGGGGCCCAUUGGAGUGAAGAAGCAUCUGGCCCCUUUUCUACCCAACCAUCCCAUCAUGUCAUUAACACCAAAGGAAGAUGCCCGACCGGUGGGUACUGUCAGUGCCGCCCCCUGGGGUUCCAGCUGCAUCCUGCCUAUCUCCUGGGCGUACAUUAAGAUGAUGGGGGGCAAGGGCCUUAAGCAGGCCACAGAAGUGGCUAUAUUAAAUGCCAAUUACAUGGCCAAGAGGUUAGAAAAACACUACCGAAUCCUUUUUAGAGGUGCAAGAGGUUAUGUGGCUCAUGAGUUUAUUUUGGACACAAGACCCUUCAAAAAGUCUGCAAAUAUUGAGGCUGUGGAUGUGGCCAAGAGACUUCAGGAUUAUGGAUUUCAUGCCCCUACCAUGUCCUGGCCCGUGGCAGGGACUCUCAUGGUUGAACCCACGGAGUCAGAAGACAAGGCAGAGCUGGAUCGAUUCUGUGAUGCCAUGAUCAGCAUUCGGCAGGAAAUCUCAGACAUCGAGGAAGGGCGUAUUGACCCUAGGGUCAAUCCUCUGAAGAUGUCUCCGCACUCCCUGACCUGUGUCACAUCCUCCCACUGGGAUCGGCCAUAUUCCAGAGAGGUGGCAGCAUUCCCACUCCCCUUUGUGAAACCAGAGAACAAAUUCUGGCCAACCAUUGCCCGUAUCGAUGACAUCUACGGCGACCAGCACCUGGUCUGUACCUGUCCGCCCAUGGAAGUUUAUGAAUCCCCGUUUUCUGAACAGAAGCGGGCCUCUUCUUAAUCUUCUCUCCCUCAGUACCAGUGACUGAUGCGAGUAAUAUUUCAUCUUUCAUCCAGACUCAAGUAGGGGUUUUAUAUACCGUGUAUAUUUUUAUAGUCUGUCAAGGUAAAUGUAAAUACAAUUAGGAUAGAGAGUGGAAGUUAGAAGUUGGAAGAUUGAUUUGCCGGUGUCUCUGUUUCCACUUGUUCCACUUGUAGCCGUUGAUGUACAAGUUGCCUUGAUUGGAGCCAUUUAGCAUUUUGCAUUGACAAUUCUGGGUGUGCUAAAAUUGGGUGAGCUUUCACUUAGCAUGUUUGCAGACUGGAGACUCCAUAGACAUAUUUUGUUCCAAAUAAGUCCUUGUGGACUGUGCCAUCUGUGGGAAAUCCCAGGGCAAAUGUUUACAUUUUGUAUACAUUGAAGAAAUUUUUUUCUUCUGACUAAUUUGCCUAAUCUGUUACAACAUUUUGGAGUGUUCUGCUGUUUUUUAUCUGCAAUUAUUAGUGCUCUAAUAAAGAACUUCACUUGGAAGAA